AUGCAGAAAACGUCCCUGCCAAGGCGCUCGUUGGGUGAGAAGGACAAGGACAAGGACGGUGACCGUUUCCUCUUUCUCGUGUCGACCUCUGUCGGACCGUCCGGAAAGGAACAGUAUGACAAGGACAUGAGAGCUCGGGCACAUGCCGCGCGCAGAUCCCAUGCCAGUCGCCGUGCAGAGCCAUCAUUGUCACCCACCGGUGGUGGUGGUGGUGGUGGUGGUGCAGUGGAACCGAAACAACGGGAGGUGGUAAUACACGCACGUUCUGUCUCUGCUUCCGCUUCCGCUAGGGCCAACAUAGCAAGACAACAGCAACAAUUCAGAGUCAAUGCCGCCCCUAAUAGUCCCUUUUCACAAAGCAGCAACCGGCCGCCUGGGCCUUGGACGAGGAGUGCGGUGGACAAUGGAAACGACGAACCCUUCAACCAGAUAUCUGUCCCCGAUCUACCGCGCUACGUUAUCUCGGUGCUUCACGACGCAUCCCGGUUCAAGUGGCCAAGGGUAAAGCCUGGCGCACCUCUCAAAGUCGUCAACCCGGUGGCUCGGGCGUGGAUGGAAGCUGCAUUGGAAUCGCCCAUAGCCCUUCACGGUCUCGUCUACGCCAUGCUACGUACGAUGCUCAUAGCCCGCGACAGUUCUGGCCCGGAAACAAUACUGGCGUUGGAGCAUUACGCUCGAUGUCUUGCUCGACUCAAGGAUGAAAUGAAACGCAUCCAGGAGGGCGUCUCUGAGGCCAGUGACAAUGUCAUCAUCGGGGUUGCCGCUCUCGCUGCUCACGGUGAGUCGUACACAAAGAUGGAGGAAUUUUCAGUGGAGACGACGCCCCCGGUGCCACCGUCGCCUCUGGCUGGGUCGCAGAACCUCCACGUGUACGGAAUCGGUCUCUUGGAGGCCGCGCACGUCCAGGCAAUGUACUCAUUGGUCGCGUGCAAAGGGGGACUGCAGAAUAUCUCGUUGGAGGGGUUGCCCGAUGUGCUCGAAGUUGUUGAUUUAUGCUUCGCGAGCAGAGAAGGAACCAGACCGCAAUUCGGCUUGCGACACUCACCAAUUCAAUCCGAGCUUUCGGUCGACUUCAAUCUGGAUCCCACUGCCCUGGCAUUGUUUCAAAAGCUGGGAACGGGUUUCCUCCAUAUCAAUGAACUCGAGACCAUUCAUCAGUCUGUACGGCACACGCGCGGUGCAAUGGUGAUGCUCGAUCAGCACGUUAGAAACGGAGAUACUCCAGGCUCCCAACCAGAACUCCUUCGCGCCAGGAAUACCGCUCAGUACCAUUUGCUCUGUCUACCAGUCGCGGAUCUGACGACCACCGUUGGCCGGGAAUCCUUGUUGUACGAGGUGUGCCGCCUGGGACUGUUGAUCAUCUCGAACAUGAUACUCUUUCCCCUGCCCGCGAAAUCUGGCGUAGGCAAUAGACUCGCAAGGCAACUCCGGGGUUGUCUGACCCUCGCCGAUCACGUCCCGAAUGGCAAAAGGGUCUUCUCACGAUGUCCUGACUUGCUCAUCUGGGCCGUGGUGCUAGGAGCUAUGAGUUCGACCUCUUUGUCAGAUCGCACAUGGUUUAUCGAUCGCCUCGCCGUAAUGCUAGCGCCAUUGUUCGAUCAUCACUGGCAAGAAGUCGAAGAGGAGAUUCUCUACAAGUACCUGUGGUGGCAGUAUGUGUGCAGUCAACCCGCGCAAAGCAUCUGGGAAGAAAGUUUGCAUCAUCACCACUCGGCAAGGAGGACGAACGCCGCUUGCGACAAGGUAUCUGAUCUGGUCUUAGGGCAAUUGUGA